AUGCCAUCCCCAACAGAACUCCACAGCUUCGGAAAUCUCUACCUGUCCACUAAAGACCACCAUCCACCAGUCAUGACUGGACAUACCAAUCAUCCAUCCACCCCAUGGAGUCUCACCAAUAUACCCCAAGCCAUGAAUUAUCUCAUCCAGUGGACAGACAAGCACUUAUUUAAUCCUGCUUCGCACCACCGAAAUAUUCUGGACGAGAUACUCACACGAGUUUUGGAAACUCUCCUUCCUCUUACCAUUGCCCAGCGAGGUGUUGUACUGGACAAAUCCUUGAAGGGAACCAUGAAAGAGAGAAAGAAAAUGUGCUUAACGAUUUAUACCUCAGACCAUUGGGAGGAAUUUGUCGAAAUAUGUCCAUCUGAUAAUGGGCUUACCAAAGAGCAGAGAUGCGAUAUAAUUAAUUAUCUCCAAAUCCUCAGGGUACUCGAAGAUGUCGUAACGGAUGUAUCCAGGAAGCAUAUCGAAUACCAAGCAUCUGUUUCUGAUUUCAAUAUCAAAGGGUCACUUCAUUCUCUCAGACACUUGCUCAAGUACGAGGCCAAACUCUGCAUUCUCGAGGACGAGCGGCACGUGAGUGUCAUGCACAGUUUGAUCAUCAGGAGCGAUGCGGACCAUGAUAAUGAUGAUCACAAGGCUGAAGAGUAUGAGACGGUUUUGGAAGAGGAGGGAUUUGAGAGCAACUACUAUUACGAGGAUGAGAGCCAGGAUACUUUUAUCCAGUACACAACGAAAUGGCUUACACGGUGCGUGAAGACAUUUUGGGAUAUGGUGUGGAUCACUCAUGAGUCUGUGGUUGAUGUGGCAUUUACUUGA